CCCGUUGUCAAAGGGUCGUUGCCACUGAUAAACCGUCAACGUUAGGUCACCUUGUCCGCAUGAAUGCGUAAUGAUGAAGGAUGCAGGCUUUCUAUCAGAAAGAAGCUGAGAAAGUGACGAGCGAAUAGCUUCGAGUACACAGCCUUUUCACUCGUAAUGAGUUCUCCAAAGGAGGAUGGCAGCGACCAUGACUAUGACGACAUCCCUCUCCAACACAAACGCCCGUUCGGUGCUGGACUGCACAAGAAGGCAAUAGCAUUUGUGCCUGCUUCCGACACAGGAGGCCAGCUCAAAUCCGUCGACAGCUCAUCCGUCGCCAGACCGCUUCGGCAAGAUGUAGCUGAUCUGUAUCUCAGCAUGGUGAUGCCGGCGGAGGAUGCCGAGAAGGACAAGUUAAAGCCCAUAACGACACCACUGCCGCUCAAGACGAGGACACACAGUAUCUCUGAAGAGGUUACCCCCGACAUAUGUCCGCUUUGCAACCUGCCGCUCAGCUCGGAAGACUUCGUUCCGCACGAGCAGUCCUUCGCACACCAGGUCUGCCUGCCACACUCACACCCCCCUUCAGCAAUAGACCGCAACCGCAAGGGGUUAGCAUACCUCUCGGCCUAUGGGUGGGAUCCAGACGAGAGGAGGGGGCUAGGCGCGGAGCAGCAGGGAAUUCAGUUUCCGGUCAAGGCCAGGGUCAAGGACGACAACCUGGGCGUCGGAAUGCACAUUCCCAAGGGCCUGCCGCCGCCAAAGAAGAAGGAGCAGUUGCUUGAUGCAAAGAAAGUCAGGAAGAUGGCUCGUGAGGAGAAACGGAGGGGGGAGCGACUUCGGGAGGAGUUGUUCGGCGAUGGGCGGCUGGGGAAAUACCUUGGCCGGGGGGACAAGGGGCUGAUUUGAUCGUAGGGUUCAUCGUCCGUCUAAUCCAUACUUAUCGACCCUAUACAGCUCUUGUAUGGCGUUUACCGACUGAUUGUGGAUGUCACGCUGUAUCACGGUCAGGUCAGAGAGCGAGCGAGAAACUUCCCUUGAGCCCAUUGGAGGGCAACAUGAACAUGGACUGUUAGAGAAAGCGAAAUGGAGACGAGAUACAAUCCGACCAGAUAUAUAAACCCAGGUAAUCGAACGGGGAAGACUCACGGUUACACAUCUACCACUUCGCGACGGCCGAACCUGCUUUAGAAGACUACCUAGGCUUAAUGAAGUUGAGUGUGUGCUGG